AUGAAAUUUUGGGUACUGCUGCUGCUGUGCGCAUUGGUUGCUGAUGCCAAAAUCGCCAACGAGCCUUGCCGGAGCAACGACAACUGCCCCAAAGGAAGGUACUGUACAUGGUAUGGCAAGGAGUUCUCGGGGCAUUGCGAGUUACUGGCAAUUGGCCAUUGCGCGAGGCAUGACGACUGCCCUGGGUCCGCUGUUAUGUGCGUGAGAGCUACCAAGGGGAGGCCCGGUUAUUGCUUG